AUGUGCCCGAAAUGUGGGGGAGAACACGAGAAUUGUGACACUAAAACAUUCAAAUGUGUCAAUUGUUCUGGAACUCACAUGGCUUUAGCUAGGACUUGCCCUGCUUACCUUAAAGAAAGAAGGGUGCGAGAACUUAUGGCUGAGUUUAAUUGCACAUACAGAAGAGCUUUAAUAAUCUAUGUUGCGCCAACACCACAUAGACAAAUGGACCUAAAAUUUACGGAACAAGAUAGCAUCCAGCAGAUUUGUAAUUAUAACACACCGAAGAGGGAAGCGGCUAAAGUUCAAAAUAUUCCUACUUUUGCAGAAUUGACGGCCAAUGGCAUAUUUCAUAACGAAGACAAUAUUAGCCAAUGUGAAAGUAAGUAUCGUCGCCCCGCCAGCGCCAAAUAA